GCAGGGCUUUUUUUUCUUCCCUUUUUGCUUCUCAUGCUUGAUUAUUUCCUGACUGUACAGUGGGAUGGGUCUGUUGCAAAAGAUUCUGGUUCCUUUUGUUGGAUUGGUCUUGGCCCUCUGGUUUUAUUCAGGAAAGGAAGAUUUUAAACCGGAAAUGCUGCAAGGGAAGCGUGUGAUUGUUACUGGGGCAAGCACAGGAAUCGGCGAACAGAUGGCGUACCACCUGGCACACAUGGGUUCCCACAUACUGAUCACUGCGCGGACAGAAGCCAAGCUCCAGAAAGUUGUCACUCGAUGCCUGGAAUUGGGCGCGGCAUCAGCCAGCUACAUGAAUGGCAGCAUGGAAGACAUGGGGUUUGCUCAGGAUGUGGUAAAGAAAGCAGAGGCAUUAUGGGGAAGUAUAGAUAUGCUUAUUCUGAAUCACGUCACCGCUAUGAACCUCAGUUAUUUCCACAGUAACACUGAAGAGAUGCAGAAACUCCUCAAUGUCAACUUCCUUAGCUAUGUGGCUAUGACAACUGCAGCUCUUCCAAUGCUCAAGAACAGUGAAGGCAGCAUCGUAGUGGUUUCAUCCCUGGCAGGCAAAAUUGGCUUCCCAUUCAUGGUUCCCUAUGCUACCGCGAAGUUUGCUCUAGAUGGAUUUUUCAGCUCCUUGAGGCAGGAAUUUGUUAUCCGGAACACCAAUAUUUCCAUCACACUCUGCAUCCUUGGACUCAUCAACACAGACACGGCUAUGAAAGCUACUUCUGGUAUGUUCAGCUCUUUUCCAGCAGCACCAAAGGAGGAAUGUGCCCUAGAAAUCAUUAAAGGGGGAGCCCUACGCCAACGGGAAGUUUAUUAUAAGUAUUCAACUGUAAAGAUCCCUGUAUUGUUCCGGGACUGGGUUCCAGAUCUACUGGAUUACGUCAUCAGGACAAGAUUUGAUGUGGAAAAACUAAAAGAAAAUUAAUGACUUUUGCUUAUCUCUUUAUACCUCUCAUGCUACACAGGCCUGUGGUGCUGCAGCUGUGCCCCCCUUUUAGCUCAGAGUGUCUCUUGAGGGCCUAACUACGAUUAGUCACUGGGAGAUCCCAAGAUCAGAUUAUCCCAGCAUUUAAAAAAAAAAAAA